UAUGCCCGCCCGUUUGCCAUCGCAAAAAGGCUCUGUUUCUCAAUGUGUUGCUAAUAAUCUUCUUCUUCCUCCUCCCUCUCUCUCUCAAUUCACGUGAGCCAAACGCUGCAGGUUCACACGAUUCUUGCACCCCUCACUUUGUUUCCGUCCGUGAGCACGUGACUCCCCUCCUUUUCGUGCUUGAUCCGUCCAACGCUGCCCAUCUCUUCCUCAACCUGCCAGAAUUUGGGAAUUCACUGGAAAAUCCGAGCUAGCUUGGCUCUAUUCUGCAUUGGUGAUCUUGCCGCACGGCGGAAUUAGCCAGCCGGCCGGCCAUGAAGUUCACCAAGAAGUACGAGACGUACAUGCGGGGAAUCAGGAUGGAGGAGGAGCUCCCCGGCGUGGGGCUCAAGCGCCUCAAGAAGAUGCUCAAGAAAUGCCGCUCCGAGCUCGCCUCGCACCACCAAACGGCAUCUUCCGCCACCGCCGCCACCACCACCGACGCUCCCGGCGGUGUCCGCUGCGCCGGCCAUUGCUCAGUAUGUGAUGGGAGUUUCUUUCCAUCCCUUCUCGACGAGAUGUCAGCCGUUGUUGGCUGCUUCAACGAGAAGGCCAAGAAGCUUCUUGAACUACACUUGGCAUCAGGUUUCAAGAAAUAUGCCAUGUGGUUCACCAACAGAUGUCACAAGGGCCAUGGGCAAUUGAUACAGCAGGGCAAAGACUUGGUUACAUAUGCCAUUAUAAACGCUGUGGCAAUGAGGAAAAUUCUAAAGAAGUAUGACAAGAUACAUUAUUCGAAGCAAGGGCAGGAGUUCAAAGCUCAAGCCCAAAGCCUGCACAUUGAGAUACUUCAGUCCCCAUGGCUGUCUGAGCUAAUGGCUUUCUACAUGAACCUGAGAAGGAGCAAGAAGAACGAGGCUGGGAUGGAGCUCUUUCGUGACUGUACGCUCACAUUUGACAAUGACCAGCCUACGCUUUCAUGCAACCUCUUUGACUCUAUGCGCGUUGACAUUAGCUUGACGUGUUCAAUUUGCUUGGACACAAUGUUUGACCCCGUCUCUCUCUCCUGUGGCCACAUAUUUUGCUACUUGUGCUGUUGUUCUGCUGCAUCGGUAACGAUUGUUGAUGGGCUGAAGUCUGCACAUCACAAAUCAAAGUGCCCUUUGUGCCGACAGGCUGGGGUCUUUCCUAAUUCGGUACACUUGGAUGAGCUGAACAUGUUACUAAGCUAUAGUUGCCCAGAGUACUGGGAGAAGAGAAUGCAGCUGGAGCGAGUUGAGCGUGUUCGCCUGGCGAAGGAGCAUUGGGAGUCCCAAUGCAGAGCAUUCUUGGGCAUCUGAUGGAACUUGUUGUCUAAUGGUAGAAAUGGGAUUUCCCAUCAUUGUUGGUUUUGAUCUAUCCUGCUGAAAUGAAUUGAUUUGUAAAUGCGAGGUCACUUAAAUGGGAGUAAAAUUAUGGUGACCAACCGAAUAUACUUGUAAAUAUAUUUAUAUUUAAUCCAGCCUAUUUGGUUGGUUUGGGUUUGCCAUUUUUCACCAA